UAUAAAAUAAUUUCUAAAAUAUAUCUAAUAUGUGAGUGUUUUUUUAAAUUUCAACAUAAUCAUAAGUGUAUUUAAUCUAAGAAAAAAUAUCAUAUAUAAUAAUUUGAUGUUUGAUUUAAACUUUUCAAAAAAAAUUAAUAAUAAUUUAUCAUACUGAUUUUUGAAUUACAAAAAUUUAGAAAAAAGCUAAUUCGCAACCUAUGUCUUUUAAUUGCUAAACUGUCAAAUUAGUGUUUAACCAACAAGCCCGAUCAUGAUUUAUCAGAGGGCACAUGCAUUCGGAACAAGACAUUUGGGAACAAAGUGGCUGUGAAAUUAUAAUGUAGCAAAACUUCAAUAUAACUGAUAAGGUUUGAUGCUCUUCUUUAUUGUGAUGAGAUCCUGAAAGUCGAUCAACAAAUUUUUAUUUUUCAUUAUUUCUAUGUUUUACAAAUGCUUUUGCAUUAUGUAGACAUCGAUAUAGUACCAAUUGAAAACAAAAAUAUUGUGCGAACUGAAAUUAUAGUUAUUUAUGUUUGGAUACAAAUCUAUAAUUAAAGAAUUUUAUAAAAACAUGGCAUUAAAUAUAUAUUUUAAAGACACCGUAUCUAGUUUAAAGUGUCUAUUUAUUGCUAAUUAAAUUUUGUAUUAAAUGAAAAGAGCUUUGUAUAGACUCUACUGAGUCACAAUUGUUUUUUUUUUGGUCAACUAGUCACAAUUGUUUUCUACAUAUUUCUAGCAAUCUAGCUCGAAUGAAGCCAGUGCCAAAAUUGGAUUAUUUUCGUGAGAUCCUAAACUGUCCCUUGGAUGGGAGAUUCAAGAUCUAAACCUGACCAAGACAAGACAAAAUAAUACUCAUAUAAGAAUUCUGAUAUCCUCCAAAAAUCAAACAUGGCUUGCAUUAGUUAUGUGUUUAAGAAUUUGUGUAUGUUUCUCUUGGUCGUCGCGGUUGCAAGUCGAUCGGGCACGUGGAAAAUCUUUGAUGUCCGAAAAUAUGGUGCCAAAGGCGACGGCAAAACUGAUAAUGUUAAUGCAUUCAUAAAAGCGUGGGAAGAUGCGUGCGCACAUAGUGGAAGAAAUCAAAUUUACAUACCAAGAAAAAAGUUCUAUAUGAGUGCUGUCAUGUUCAAGGGACCAUGCAAAGGUAAAACUAUGUUCUUCAACAAUGGAUUAUUACUGGCUCCUCUACAUCCCAAGCAUAUCAAACAAGACGCUUGGAUAAAUUUCCAAUACGUCGACAAUCUCGUAGUCACCGGCCACGGAACUAUCGACGGCCAAGGAAGUCGUUCUUGGUCCUCCACUAACUUCGACAUGAAUCGUAGACUACCAGCGAACAUGGCAUUCGAUUUCGUGAGAAAAUCAAGAAUCAAUGGACUAAUAUCACUCAACAGCAAAUCGGAACACUUGAACUUCUUCUGCGUAGAUCAUUUCAACAUCUCUCACGUCAACGUAACGGCUCCUAGAAACAGCCCCAACACUGACGGAAUCAAGAUUGGUAUGUCCAGCAACGUUAAGAUUCGGGACAGUCACAUUGGUUCCGGAGACGAUUGUAUCGCAAUCCUCUCGGGAAACACUAACUUCGAUAUCCAUAACAUCACUUGUGGUCCUGGACAUGGGAUCAGUGUCGGAAGCUUGGGAAAGCACAAAGAAGAAAAGAAUGUGGAGGAUAUUACGGUUAGGGACACGGUUUUCAACGGGACAAGCGACGGUAUAAGGUUCAAGACAUGGGAAUCUUCGGUUGCUGAGAUCACAGUUUCGGGAUUCUUGUACGAGAAUAUCAAGAUGGUUGAUGUCCGACAUCCUAUCAACAUUGAUCAGAAGUAUUGUCCUUACCCACCGUGUCCGAAAUUAAUCAUGAUAUUGUUGUCUGCAGGGAGACUCUCAUGUUCAGAUCAGAAACGUGACGUUCAAGAAUAUUUGGGGAACAUCGAGGAACAAAGUGGCUGUAAAUUUGCAAUGUAGUAAAAGCUUUCCUUGCAAAGAUAUUCAGCUGAUUGACAUCAAUUUAAUACAUAAUGGUUCUGACGGUCCAGCCACCGCGUUGUGUGAGAACGUUAAAGGUUCUGCUCGUGGCAAGAUGUUUCCUCCGAGUUGUUUAAACUCAGCUUGUCGUUAGUUGAUUUUGGUAUAUAUUCAUUACUCGUGUAGAUGUGAUUCUAUCUUAGAUGUCAAGUCAGCCCAAAGAGAAAUCUUAAUAUGACAUUUUUAUUUUAUUUUCAUUGGUGAUAUCUCUCAGUGAUAACAUUGUGUUGGUAACUUUGACUCUUUGAGAAUAAUAAAAUUAGUCAACUCACAAGACUAGACAAGUUAAAAGGAGUUGAUGCACAAAGAAACAGAGACAAAGACCACAUUAUUGACAACCAUUGAUGAGUACCAUCGCGAGAUCCAAUUCAACCUCUUCCCUCGUGAUCUGAAUCGCCGUUUAUUCGUAAGAAGAUUGAGUUGAAAGAGUAUCAGUCUUAAGUAGUAGACUGAAGGAGCUUCAAGACGGAUGUUCGAUCAGGCAUGCUGGGUAUUGCACCCUUUACUUGGACACAUAGAGAGGCAGCUGCAGCUGUAGGAACCGGAAAA